AUGGAUAUUGUACAGGAGUACUCGCGCAAGUUUGAGGAGGUGAUCGACAAGAUCGGUCAGCCCUUGAAGCCAUAUAUCCCUGCCAUCGCUCGCUUCCUCAUCGUUGUCACUUUUCUCGAGGAUGCUCUCCGUAUCUCGACCCAAUUUGGAGACCAGCUCUUCUACCUCCAGCGUCACCGCGGCUUUCCUUGGGGUCUCAGUCACUUCUUCCUGAUCGCCAACGUCCUCACGAUGCUGGUUUGCUCGACGCUGGUGAUUGCAAGGAAACACACAGAAUAUGCCGCCGGGGCGCUCUUUGGCGUUGUCGUGACACAGGCACUAGGCUACGGUCUUAUUUUCGACGCCAGUUUCUUCCUCCGCAACCUAUCCGUCAUCGGUGGUCUCUUGAUGGUCGUCUCUGACAGUCUGAGCAAGCGCCGUCAAUUGUUCGCAGGGCUCCCUUCGAUGACCGAGAGCAACAAGAGGACCUACUUCCAACUCGCUGGCCGAGUUCUCCUUAUCUUCCUGUUCGUUGGUUUCGCCCUCCAUGGAUCGUGGACUUUGUCGAGGAUGAUUGCGUCGGUUGUGGGCCUGGCUGCCUGCAUCAUGAUUGCUGUGGGUUUCAAGGCCAAGUUGUCAGCCAUGUUUUUAGUGUUGUUCUUGUCGGUGUUCAACAUCGUUGUCAACAACUGGUGGUCUGUCGACAGCUCGCACUCACAGAAGGAUUUCCUCAAGUACGACUUUUUCCAGACUCUUUCGAUCAUGGGUGGUUUGCUCCUCCUUGUCACUCUCGGACCCGGCGGUAUGAGCGUGGACGAGAAGAAGAAGGCCUUCUAA